GGUUGAGUCUCCCUCGCACUUCGGUCUACGGUCAGCAUUCCUCCGUCUGCAGCGUAACAUCAUGAAAACGAUAACGCGAUGAGACAUCGGGUUCUUAUCUAGAGCCCAUUGGCUACCCUAACGCCGAACCGGUGAAUCUUGAUGGAGUGUGCGCAAGUCAGUCGUUAGUUGUGUUAUUGAUUUCAAAGCAGAAUAUUCCCUUCUAUGGCAGGGGCAUGGUUGAGGUAGAUAUAUUACGUCCAUCUAUUCAGCCAGAUUCGGUGUUGUUGUGAUCGUCUUUUCCAUCUUCCAUGUUGCUUUUGUUGUUAUUAUAAGAUCUCGGUACUUUUGCGAUUUUCGAAGGAACCAGCCCUCACUCAACCUCAACCAGAACUAAUUGCACCAUGGCAAACACACCCCUCAAAAUCACACAAGAACCCUUCAUCCCUUUCGACUCCCUCAUACUUGUCACCGGCGUCAACGGCCUAAUCGCCAGCCACAUAGCCGACCAGCUCCUCUCAGCCGGCUACCGCGUCCGAGGCACCGUGCGUAACAAAGCUCGAUGCGCCUGGGUCGAGCCCUUCUUCACCACCCGCUACGGCGUCAACCGCAUCGAAGUCAUUGAAGUCCCCAACAUCACCGCCCCCGGCAUCUGGAACGCUCACGUUGCCGGCGUCUCCGCCGUCAUCACCGUAGCCGGGGUCGCCUGGCUCGACGACAGAGACGUGCCAAAAGCCGUCAACGAAGAACUCAAGUGUCUCUACGGUCUUCUCGACGCCGCCAAGAUGCACUCCAACACCGUCCAGGCGUUCAUUUACACCAGCUCUUCCUGGGCGGCUUAUACGCCCAAGGUCGGGAUCCGCAGGACUCUGACGAAGGAGUCAUGGAAUCACGAGGCGGUGGCGUUGGCUGAAGACUCGGGCAUCCCUGAUGCGGAAAAGGGCCUCGCUCCGUUCAUGGCCAUCAAAGUUAAAGUUGAGAAGGCGCUGUGGGACUGGGUCGCGAGGGAGAAGCCGACGUUUACUUUCAACGCGAUGCUCAUUUCCACCGUCACUGGGCCCAUCCUUAAUCCCGACAAUCAGGCAGCCAGCACAGCCGGGCUGAUUAGGGCUUUAUACAAUGGGAAACCGAAGGAAGCACUCGAUGUAAUGCCGACUUUCGGUCCGCAGUCGUCCAUUGAUGCUCGAGACGCAGGUCGGCUGUAUCUUGGCGUGCUGGUGUCGGGACUAACUGGAUCAAGGGUUUAUGGGUCUGCGGAGCAGUUCAGUUGGAACCAAACUCUGGACAUUCUCAAGGAGUUGUAUCCUGAAAAGAAGGACUGGGUGAAAUUGCCGAGUUCAAAUCAAAUUGAUGAAACGGCAAUUCCUGUGGACAUCCCCUUCUCGUUGUUGCGUGCUGUCGGACAGGUGGGAUGGACGGGCUUGAAGGAAAGCAUCAAAGAUGCGGCGGAGAGUUUUGCUCCGACUGGACAGUGCUGAAGGGAAAGUUCAAAACAUGUUGAAGCUGGGGGGAGUGCAUAGCCCUUGGAUGGAUAAUGAUGUCAUCCGAUGCCUCGGCUCGAACAACUCGGCCAAUCCAGCUUGUUCUAGGCACCUUUCACCUCAUCAGUUUCGUUUCUUUUUGUAUCAGUGCUCACGGUACCUGCAGUAGC